AUGGAGGCCGAAGGGGAGCGCUUUCUUAAACAAAGGCAAGUGUUUGUUCUGUUUCUCUUGUUGGGAGUGGCUCUAGCGGGCUGGGAAACCCGUCGUUAUUCUGUGCUAGAGGAAACCGAGAGCGGCUCCUUUGUAGCCAACCUGGCCAAAGACCUCGGGCUGGGAGUGCGGGAGCUAGCUGCGCGGGGAGCCCGGGUGGUCUCUGAGGAUAACGAACAGCGCUUACAGCUUGACCUGCAGACUGGGGAGUUGAUAUUAAAUGAAAAACUGGACCGGGAGGAAUUGUGCGGCCUCACUGAGCCCUGCGUAAUGCAUUUCCAAGUGUUACUGAGAAAGCCAUUAGAAGUAUUUCGAGCUGAGCUCCUGGUGAGAGACAUAAAUGAUCAUUCUCCUGAGUUUCCUGAACCAGAAAUGACCCUGAAAAUCCUAGAGAAUAGUCCGAAUGGGACUGUGUUUCCCCUGAAAAAAGCCCAGGAUUUGGACGUGGGCAACAACAAUGUCCAAAACUACAGUAUCAGUCCCAACGCUCAUUUUCAUGUUUCCACCCUCAGGCGGGGGGAUGGCAGGAAAUACCCUGAGUUGGUGCUGGACAAAGAGCUGGAUCAUGAGGAGCAGUCUGAGUUCCGAAUAACAAUCACAGCUCUGGAUGGCGGCUCUCCGCCCAGGUCUGGCACCGCGCAGAUCCGCAUUGUGGUCCUUGACGUCAACGACAACGCUCCGGAGUUCUCGCAGAAGCUCUACGAGGCGCAGGUCCCAGAGAACAGCCCUGUAGGCUCUCUAGUCGUCAAGGUCUCCGCUAGGGAUUUAGACACUGGGACUAAUGGAGAAAUAUCAUACUCACUCUUUUAUAGCUCUCAGGAGAUAAGCAAAACUUUUGAUAUAAGCCAUCUUUCAGGAGAAGUUCGACUCAUUAAAAAAUUAGAUUUUGAGGCAAUAUCCUCAUAUGAACUGGAUAUAGAGGCAUCUGAUGGCGGAGGGCUUUCUGGAAAAUGCUCUGUCUCUAUUAAGGUGAUGGAUGUUAACGAUAAUUCCCCGGAACUAACUAUUUCAUCACUUAGCAGCCCUAUUCCCGAAAAUUCCCCCAACACAGAAGUGGCACUGUUUAGGGUUCGAGAUCGAGACUCGGGGGACAACGGAAGAAUGAUUUGCUUCAUCCAGGAUGAUCUCCCCUUUCUUCUGAAGCCAUCUGCGGAGAAUUUCUACACCCUGAUCACAGAAGGGACGCUGGACAGAGAGAGCAGAGCCGGGUAUAACAUCACCAUCACUGUGACCGAUUUUGGAUCCCCUAGGCUGAAAACAGAGCACACAAUAACAGUGCUGGUCUCCGACGUCAAUGAUAACGCACCUACUUUCACCCAAACCUCCUACACCCUGUACAUCCGCGAGAACAACAGCCCAGCCCUGCACAUUGGCAGCGUCAGCGCCACAGACAAAGACUCAGGCACCAACGCCCAAGUCACCUACUCGCUACUGCCACCCCAGGACCGGCACCUCCCCAUCGCCUCCCUGGUCUCCAUCAACGCAGCCAACGGACACCUGUUCGCUCUGAGGUCGCUGGAUUACGAGGCCCUGCGAGCCUUCGAGUUCCGCGUGGGCGCGGUGGACUCAGGUUCCCCGGCGCUGAGCAGCGAGGCCCUGGUGCGCGUGGUGGUCGUGGACGAUAACGACAACUCGCCCUUCGUGCUGUACCCGCUGCAGAAUGGCUCUGCGCCCUGCACCGAGCUGGUGCCCAGAGCUGCUGAGGCGGGCUACCUGGUGACCAAGGUGGUGGCAGUGGACGGCGAUUCGGGUCAGAACGCCUGGCUGUCCUACCAGCUGCUCAAGGCCACGGAGCCCGGGCUGUUCAGCGUGUGGGCGCACAAUGGCGAGGUGCGCACCGCCAGGCUGCUGAGCGAGCGCGACGCGACCAAGCACAGACUCGUCGUGCUGGUGAAGGACAAUGGUGAGCCCUCGAUGUCAGCCACCGUCACGCUGCACGUGCUCCUGGUGGAUGGCUUCUCGCAGCCCUACCUCCCGCUCCCGAAAGUGGCCCCAAACGAGGCCCAAGCUGACUCGCUCACCGUCUACUUGGUCAUUGCGCUGGCGUCGGUUUCGACACUCUUCCUGUUCUCCGUGCUCCUGUUCAUAGCGUUUAGGCUGUGCAGGAGGAACAGGGCGGCCUGGGUGGGUCGCUGCUCGGUGCCCGAGGGACACUUGCCAGGCGACUUCGUGGACGUCAGCGGCACCAGGACCCUGUCCCAGAGCUACCAGUACGAAGUGUGUCUGACGGGAGACUCUGGGAGUAAUGAGUUUAAAUUCUUGAAGCCUAUCUUUCCCAAUCUUCUUGCUCAGGAUCCUGAGAGUAAAACAGAGGGAACUCCCAAAUUCCGGAGUAGUUUAGAGCAUAAAAUGUUAUCAGGAAAUUUCAUAAUUUAUUUGGGUGAAGAGAAGGGCAAGACCACACCCCUGAGGAGACUCCCUAUCAACUUAUUGGCUGCUCAUAGCAUAUCGCAUCAUGGAGAUGAACACAUUAUAUCAGACCUCAUCAUUGGGGAUGACUACAUCAUAACUGCCAAACGACUGAGAAUCAUUGCCCAGCCAAGGUGUGGUGGCUUUGUAGUAUGUCAGUUUAAUAAGGCUGAACUAUAUUUCUCAGAAUUACCUUCCCUGUAUGCACAUCAUUUUACCGUCAACUUGGAAAACAGAUAUUUAUAUAUUGUGAGGAAAAUUGAUAGAGAAGAGCUGUGUGGCUCCAGGACUCUGUGUUUGUUAAGUUCCUAG